AUGGACUUCACUCCGCUAUACCCUCAUAGCUCCUCAUCAUCCUCUACAGUCUCACCUGAUGGAAAAUACAUUCUCACCUCAGUGGGUGAUCGACUCGUCGUUCGAUCUACAACCUCCAUGGAAGUCAUCAGAAGUUGGCGAUGUCAACAUUCUUCAUCUGAACCUGCUCGAAACGAACACCCACCCAAAAAACCUAUAACAUCAUCUCAACCUUUUAAACCUCCUACUAGUCAAUCGUCUAUUCGAUCUUCUUCUAAUCCAAUCACUACUAAAUCGCGUGCUGGAAUUCCUUCCUUUCGAGCCUCGACAAUCAAUCCGAUCACAGACGAACGCAAAACCACGCGUCUGACUUGUGUUUCAUUUUCUCCUAACUCGGAACAUGUUCUUGCCCUUUCCCGACAUCCGGAAACAUCGGUCAUUUAUGUGCAUUCCAUGAAGUCCAAUGAACUGACUGCAUGUAUAGAAGUAGGUGCAGAGGGUGUUGCUAGUGGGGAGCGAGCUGUUAAAUGGGGUCCUAGUAGUGAUUGUAUCAUGGUCUGGAGUGAUUGGGGAUUACGUAUCACUAUCUGGCCUUUAACGUCUGCUCAACCUCAACCUCUACAACUUCAUCAUCCAAAGCAUGGUCCACUUCUGGGCUCCACUUUCUCCAAUACGUCUCGUUACUUUGCUCUUAUUUGUCGUCAACCUGGAAAAACUCGUGAUCAUCUGGCUAUCUGUGAUACGUUGGCUUGGACGUGUGUCAGCCUAUUUGAUGUACCUACAGAUUUGAUAGAUGUGAAUCAGAUCAGCUGGAGUCCGUGUGAUCGAUACCUUGCCUUGAUUGAAUCAGCACUGUUCAACUAUAGGGUUGAGAUAGUAACGCCAACCGGUGUUAGAUUAGGCGCAUACUCACCUCCGAUGAGCUUUGUUGAUCUGAAUGAUUCUAUGGCUCAGUCUACGAGUCAUGGCCGAUCAGAUGGACACGCCUUCUCACGUGGCACACAAUUGACAUCAAAGGAAAGGAUUAGGCGGAAAGAGAAAACCGAUGCCUCGGAUGAAACUUCAGUGGUGGAUGGAUAUCUUGGGUUGGGAAUACGACAUGUGAAGUGGAGACCCGGUGGUGAAUAUCUCGCUAUAGGUGGUUGGGAUGGAAAGGUACGAAUCUUGAAUGAUAUCACUUGGACCCCGAUUUGUGAGAUCGACUUGAAUUCCAAACCAACAAGACAAAUUCUGAUCGAACCCAUGGGUUGGAUUGAGCGUACUCGUGCACACGGAAUCAUACCAUUCGAUCCAGUCCCAUCCUCGACCCUAGCCAAUUCUCUUACUCCGGAUUUUAGUAAACCCAACCCAAGCAUUGGAGUGCGGGAGAUGCAGUGGAGCUCAGAUGGAGAACUCCUUGCAUGUCGUAAUGAUGCGAUGCCAUUGAAUCUAUUCAUCUUCUCAUUCAGAUCGGCCAACCUGGGAUCAGUACCCAUCUCAUCUGCCUCAUCGGUAACUGGUGCUUCGGUACCUCUGAAACCACGAGUAGCGAGUGUGAUUCAAUUCGAACUUCCGGUCAAGUGUUUCGAAUGGAAUCCCACUCGGAACGUCCUUGUGAUCGUCACUGCUAGCUCGGCACUCUAUCUGUGGUAUCCAACCAGGCCAGAUCCUGCGAUGACCAGUAUGACACAACUUUCCCAGUUGUCAGAAUGGAUAGAUGGAAUCGGUAUACCAGCCAAGGUUCCAUUUGCACCGGUCCAGGCCACAUGGAUCAAAGAUGGUGCUGCAUUGCUUGUGACGGACAGAACGGCAUUUUGUUUGGGAUUCAUUGUUCCUGAAGAAUUACUUGGAGAUCGGGAUGAACCUUCAAUGAUUCAAGAAGACCAAUUCUCAAUUCCUGAGUUAUGA